GCUGGGAUAGGAAUUGACGCUUCUCAACAAACCGGAAGUUGUCUAGAUGCCAAAACGGAAGUUAUCCAUCGCUCUCGUCGUCGCUUUCGCAUCAGUCAUUCGUCUUGGUGCACCGCCUUUUGGAGGACUGUGAGCCUGCUGCACUGCGCAGGCCAAAGGUCAGACACUCGGAGAUGCUAAAAGCAUCUACCUGAUGACCAACACAGACCAAACAGUGCAAGGACAGUUCUGAAGUGUCCUUGGGCAAAGGCAAACAGACUGAAGCACAACAUGUCAGGGUUAAGAGACCACAUGUCAGUGCCCGUGGCAGUGGGUGUCCUGUUGGUGGGUGUCCCCUACUCUGUCUCUAUAGCUGUUCAGUGGUUUUAUGGCUGGCCCAUUAAGCCUGGAUAUAAGAAGUACAUAGAAGCUCUAAAACCAAGAAGGAUAUACACUCUGACCAGAGCUGUGCUUGAAACUCUCAAAUAUCUGCAGUAUGGGAGACUUUACAUUCAGUGGAAGUCAUGGUACAACAAUAAUAAAAAUCAUAAACACUUUAAAAAGGGCAUCACAUUUGGCCGCAGAAGCAACAAACUGGACUUGUACUACCCUCCACAUGAGCGCAUGGCUGGAGAUAUUCUUACCCCACUGGUAGUUUUCGUGUAUGGGGGUGCGUGGGGCUCUGGAGAAAGAACUAUUUACUGUUUGCUGGCCAAGCAGAUGGCUGAUGAGCUGAAUGCAACUGUCAUAUGCCCAGAUUACUGCAUCUAUCCAAAGGGGAAUGUGUUAGGAAUGGUGCAAGAUAUUGCUGACUGCUUGGUUUGGGCUCAAGAGAAUGGAGAGAAGUUCAACUUUGACAAAGACAGCAUCGUGUUAAUUGGCCAUUCGGCAGGUGCACAUCUGUGUGCACUGACUACACUGUUUCUCACUGAUACAAGAGAUGAGCUUUUCAUAGAACUCAGCCAGCAACAAGAUAUCACACGCGCAGUACGAGGAGUUAUUGGUCUAAGUGGUGUGUAUGAUAUCAUGGAGCAUUAUAAACACGAGCAGAAACGAGCAGUCGAAUACAUCUCCAGCAUGCACAAAGCCAUGAACGGAGUGGAAAACUUUGCAUACUACUCACCAACACAUGUAGUAAAGAAUCUCAACCAGGACAAACUGGACAGAGUGCCACCGUUCAUUUUGCUCCAUGGGACCAAUGACAUUAUCGUUCCUGUUGAAUCUUCCACAAAAUUCUCUGUGAUUCUCAGCUCGCUGUCUGUGAAGGUGUCGCUCCUUCUGCUCCCCAAAGUCAACCACACUGAGAUGGUUACUGACAUUAUGGCACCGAACAGGUUUUUCUACCAACUUAUUUACGGCUGUAUCAAGCAAGAGUUCAGAAAACUUCUGGGAACCUGAUGAACGUAGUAUGUCAGUGUAGCAGCAGAUUGUGCCAAACACCUUCAUUCCAUUUUAAAGAUUUAAGUCUUAGACAGUUCUGUGACUGUAACAGUAAUAAAACUGCAUCUAAUAAUAUAUUUGAGAUAAUUAAAUAAUUCCAAUUAAAACAUUUUGUAAAGCAUACAUGUAUAUGCCAUUGUAUAUAAUAAUUAAACUAGCUUAAUUAAC